AUGCCACAGUUCAGGCCGCCAGACGGCUGCCCUCCACAGCGUCCGGCAUGGGAUGAGUACCCCGUGUGGUACCUUUUCUACGGAACCUUGGCCACUCCGGAUGUCCUCGCCCGCGUUCUCCAUCUGGAACUGGGCGACGGUGGCAUUUACAAGGCUUUGGUCCAGGCCGAAAUGCACGACGCCAAGGUUGGCGGCUCGGCGUACAUGGUGGAGAGUCGGGAGGAGGAGGACGCGCUGAGAGCGUACGAGACGGACAAGUAUCUAGUGGCACGUUCUGCAAUCCGGCUGGUGGGCAAGGGGUUCUCGGGGGACAACGGCUCGGCAUCCGCACCUGUCGUUCCUGGGCUGACUUUUCUGUUCCGAGGCGUGCCAGACAACACGAGGUAG